GUCACCCGCCAGGACCCUGCCGGAUGAUAAGAACGUGAUGACGAAAGACGUGCUCUCUUUGCCCCGUCUACUGCGAGGAUGAAGACCAUUCUCAGCAAUCAGACGGUCGACAUUCCAGAAAAUGUGGACAUCACUCUGAAGGGGCGCACAGUCAUUGUGAAGGGCCCCAGAGGAACCCUCCGGAGGGACUUCAAUCACAUCAACGUAGAGCUGAGCCUUCUUGGGAAGAAGAAGAAGAGGCUCCGUGUUGACAAAUGGUGGGGCAACAGGAAGGAACUGGCCACCGUCAGAACCAUCUGCAGCCACGUUCAAAACAUGAUCAAGGGUGUUACGUUGGGCUUCCGCUACAAGAUGAGGUCCGUGUAUGCUCACUUCCCCAUCAACGUCGUUAUUCAGGAGAAUGGGUCUUUGGUUGAAAUCCGAAAUUUCUUGGGUGAAAAAUACAUCCGCAGGGUUCGGAUGAGGACAGGCGUUGCUUGUUCUGUCUCUCAAGCCCAGAAGGAUGAAUUAAUCCUUGAAGGGAAUGACAUUGAACUUGUUUCAAACUCGGCGGCUCUGAUACAGCAGGCUACAACAGUUAAGAACAAGGAUAUCAGGAAGUUUUUGGAUGGUAUCUAUGUGUCUGAAAAGGGAACAGUGCAGCAGGCUGAUGAGUAGACCUAAGUUACCAGUUCCAGAAACAAGAUCCUGAAUUUUAAUACAAUUUGGGGUGUCUUUUGGGACAAUAAAAGACUUGUAUUAAUUUGGGGUGUCCUUGAUCUUUCUGAUUACUUAGCAAAUGGGUCAACUGUAACCAGACAUUGGGGAAACAGGAGUGUAGUAACCAUGGCAGACGAUGGAUGUUCAAUGGGCAUGGCACUUUGGGUAGAGUCUAGAGGUGUUUGGCUUUGGCCUGGGCAUAAUAUUGACUAUUUGGAUGUGCAGAUGUCUCAAUAAGGACUGAAAAAUGUAAAUCAUGAUUUAUUUGUAA